GUCCUCCUCUAGACCUCCAGUAAGGUGAGAAAAGCUUCGUCUAUAACUUUAAUAGGUGGGUAAGGACUAUAAUCCCUUUGUCCUUUCGCACUCCAAGGAUAGAUCCUUUACCAGGCUGAAACAUUUUUCGCAACAUGAGCGCCCAGUUUAUCAACAACCUCGGAACAUCUGCUGUAAGCCAGAGUGCUCACGUUCACGCGCACGAGACAGCAGGCGUACUGCACUCGCACGAUCUCAACGAGCAUGGUCAUACUCAUGAGCAUCUCGACCAUGCCGGCAAGUUUGCGGAGAGAGACCUGCCUGACUACUCAUCUCGUAACUUCGAAGAGAGAGGUUUCACUGUCGGCAUAGGCGGACCUGUUGGAUCUGGCAAGACGGCGCUUACGCUUGCCCUCUGCCAGCGUUUACGCAAAACGCAUAACAUCGCUACCGUUACAAACGACAUCUUUACCAGAGAAGAUCAAGAGUUUCUGAUCAAGAACAAAGCCCUCCCGGCAUCCCGAAUCCUCGCCAUCGAGACAGGAGGAUGCCCACAUGCAGCGAUCCGCGAGGACAUCAGUGCCAACAUGGGUGCACUCGAGACGCUCCAGGCCAAGUAUGGCUGCCAGCUCCUCUUCGUAGAGAGUGGAGGUGACAACCUUGCUGCAAACUACUCUCGAGAGCUCGCGGACUACAUUAUAUAUGUCAUUGACGUUGCUGGUGGCGACAAAAUCCCGCGUAAAGGUGGACCCGGCAUCUCGCAGUCAGACUUACUUGUCAUCAACAAGAUCGACAUUGCCAUUUAUGUGAACGCGUCGCUUGAAGUGAUGUCGCGCGACGCAAAGCUUAUGCGGGGUGACGGGCCGACCAUAUUCACGAGCGUGAAACACGGGCAGAACAUAGACGACGUAGCCGAGCUCAUCCUCGCUGCUUGGAGAACGGCUGGUAGUCCAGGCGAAGAAGGACCUGUCGGUGAUGAGUGAACUGGGACUUGACUGGGACAAUGUAGUUUUUAGCAGCAAAUGUGGUAUGAGUGACUGUACGAUACGGAAGACUACUCCUCAGAAUUGGAACGAUUGUAGCCUGAACAUUCCAACGAUACGUGCUAUGAUUUUAUGAUAUGAAUUCGC